AUGUUAGAUGAAAAGGCUUUAAUCAAUGAUAAUUUUGAUAAACAAUCUAGUGACUAUGAUACUUCUAAUAAAGAAGCUUCAGAAUUACCUUGUCAAAACUAUAUUGGUACGAUUUCAAAUUAUCAAGAACUUAUAAAUCACAAAAAAGAAGAACUUUAUUCAUUAAUAGAAUGUGUUAAAUCAAUUAUUGAGGAGAAUACUCAAAGUCUAAAUGCUGAUAAAUAG